AAUGAAGUGGACACUGAUUAUAGUGGCUAUUUGCAUGUAUUCAUUACAUGCAAAUUCAGAUCUUGAUACUGUCAAACAACUGUUGACAGAUUUGAAAACCAAUGUGUAAUUAGAUAUCGAAGCCUUGGAUGCAGCUUGGGAAUUGCAUAAGAAAAAUAAGCAAUCAAUAAUCGACGCCUUAGGUUUUUCAGCAUCAGAGUAAGGAAGUGAAUGUGCAAAGAAAGAUGAAGAUGUUUAAAGCAAAUAGAGGGAUAUCAAAAUAACUAAUGAUUUUGUAGCUUGGAUGUAAAAAAGAUAGGGAUUGAAUUCUUAAAGAUUAGGUGUUUUGGAAGUUAAUAGGUAUAUAAAUCAUCUAUCAAUAGAUGUUAAGCAAGCAACAAUUAUGUACAUGAUAUCAAGAAUUACAAAAUUGCAUUAGCAUUAGUCAAAUUUUUGAGAGAAUAAUUAGACAAACUUGAUUCUAAUGCAACACCUGCCUAAAAAUAAGAAUUUUUAUAAAAAGUACACAAAUUCGUGUAAAUCUAUCAAACAGGCAAACUCUUAACAAUGGUUGAAUAAAUUUAAAUGAACUAAGAUGGUUCUUAUGUAUUACCAACCAUUGAAGGUGAAGAAUAAGAUCUUAAUGAAUUUGCACUUACUCAAACACGAGGAAAAAGAAACGCUAACAAAGUGCUCCUUCAAUAAUAAUAGACUACUGUCAUAGCAUCAGGUGAUGAAGAUGAUAAGGCUGAUAGUGCAGUUGUCCUUAUUCCUAGUCAAUGUGAUGAUUCUAUUAAUACAGUUAUUGUUGUUUAAAAUGAUGAUGGCACAGGUGGAGAUGAUGAUUUACAUAUUAAAUUCACUAAUGGUGGCUCAGGAGGUUAAGGAGGAUCUUCAAAACCAAAGCCAUAACCAAAACCAUAACCUAAACCAUAACCAUAAGAAGAAGAUGACACAGAAGAAGAAGCAGAAAAUGAAGAGGAAGUUUCAGAAGAAGAAGAUGGAUAACAUACUGAUGAACCUACUGGAGAGGAAGAAUCUGAAGAAGAUAAUAAAACUGAUGUUGAACCUACUAAUCCAACAAGUGAAGAAGGUACUCAUGAUGAUAAUGGUGAUGAUGAUAAUGGUAAUAAUGAUAAUGGUGAUGAUAAUGGUAAUGAUGAUAAUGGUGAUGAUGAUAACAAAGGAGAUUCAAACUAAUCUAAUAAUGACAAUAAUGGUAAAAAAUAAACAGAAGAAGAGGAAGAUUUAAGUGUAUAAUUAUUAUUUUAAUCUACACUAGGAUAUCAGAAAAGUAUUAGAUGCAAUUGAAAAGCAUUCCAAAAAAUCAUUAGAUUUAGAAUAAGAAGAUGAAGUUAGAAGUUCCAUGAUUUAUAUUGACUUUAAAUUGCAUAUUGAAUUAGAAAAUCAAUACUUUGAUAAAUAAAUUGCAGGAGAAAAAGAAAAUCUAGUAUUCAUUUAAUUAAUAUUAGAUCAAACUUACAAAUCAAUUAACUAGCAGAGUUGGAAUUGCUAGACAAUGUAAUGCUAGACUUAAGCAAAUCAGAAUAGCUUAUUAAGUUAGCUAAGAUGUAAUUUUAUCAAAUAUAUAUUCUUAGGAUUACAAUUAUUCUUAUUAACAUUACUUGGAACUUAGAAAGCAAAAGGAGGAGGAACUUGCAACCUUUGAUGACAUAUAUAGAAUUUAUACCUCUUAGGUUGUUUGAA